CUUUUGGCCUCGGAUUCCUUACAAAGGAAAAAUCUAUAUAUUUGGAAAAUUUAACUACGAUAAUGAAAUAGUGACUUGAAAACAAGAGGCUACGAACUUAGCGAUUACUCUUUUGGUCAGCAUUUGUAUAUUUGCGAAUCAUAAGAAGUGAAACAUGAAAACGUGGUUUCUUUACUUUUCAUUGAUUCUACUGGUUUUCCCAGCAAGAGAAACGGGUUUUGCUGAGGCGACGACCUAUACCCUUUACUCCUGUCCACUGAGUUUAUGGAGUUCCCUGUUUUCCUCAAGCAUCAGCAAGGACUGUUCAAGCAGCAGAAAAAAGGGCAUUCCGUAUGGAAUAAGACAUACCUAUAUACAAAUAGGAACUAAAUGCUACGACUGGGGUGACUGGAAUUACCCUAGGGUAACCAGUUGCUAUGGUAGUGCACUUUCUUGUUGCGUUCAAAAACGUCGUUAUGUAAAAUCGGGAACUACUUCAUGUGCUUAUAGAAUUGAUGAGUUUAACUCUGCGUGGAGAGAUCAGGGAAGAAAGUAUCAUUUCUGGUCUUGGAAUUGCCAGGUAUAUUCCGACAAGAUGAUAAAAUUCCUUAAUACGUGCAACGUCAAUGCGCCUUUUGGAUAAGAAACACAUCUUGGAAAUGGAAAAGUUAAUGAACAUUGUCACAUUUUACACGUUUCAAUUUAUUAUGGCAAACGUACAAGAGGAGAACGUACUCUACAUAUAUGAAAAUAUAAAAUAAAAGAACAUUGUUUGUUUGUUAUAGAAAUAGAUUUUAUUGACAAGCA